AGUUACUUUUUCUGCCAGAAGUACUCCUGUGUCUUCCUGACUUGUUUCUUCCUUGUCCUGCACAAACACACAGAACCCGCAUAACAAUGCCGCCUCCGCCUCGUGAGCGCUACCACUCCAGCCCCAGGUCCGCGGGCUACGCAAGACAGCAGCGGUAUUCAAAGAAAGAAGACACGCGUCACACUAGCAAAAAGACAAGCAGGCCUGCCACGGCCUCGUCGUCCGCGGCGUCCCGCGCGGCUGCGCCAAACGCACGGGAGGUGGCGCUGCGCGAGGCACUGGCUAAGGCACUCACCAACCCCAACGCGAGCGCCGGGGCGACGUCCUCCUCCGCGCUGAGCGAGGUGGACACCUACGGCAACGGCUCGCCGACGGAUCGCCUGCAGUUUGGCUACAGCCCAGCCGUCGCGGCAGAGGCUGCUGCAUUUCACUCUCGUUUCGCCGCGGCGGAUUGGAUAGCGGCGCGCAAGCGCAAUGGACAUCUCGUCUUUGCCAAGAAGCAGAAACUGAGCCCCCUGAAUUGUGAGCCGGUCACUUCUAUUCUGAAGCUGCAGCGGCAUUGGAAAAAAAUUAACGCGUUUCAGUCUGACGUGCACAGCGGGAAGUCGAAACUGAAGGCCGCGGAUUUGGACCAGCUGCUCGACAUGUUAGCCUCCAAGCAGCGCAUUGGCGAAGACGAGUAA